AUGGACCCGGGCCCUGACCCCCAGAGACUUCCCGAAGGCAACGACGAGAACAGCCCACAAACCCACUCAGAUCAACAUGAAUGGGAUGAAGAUCACACUAAAUCACUCACUGAGGGUGAUGCCACGGUAGAAAUGCGAAAGCGGAUUCAUGCUAUAUGGAAAUUGGAUAUUUCAAGCCAGGAGAAAGCCCGGUUAAUGCAUGAUAUCAUGACAGAAGGAUACUAUUCCGCGAUAAAAUCGCGCUCUACUACAUCCACCCUUCAAGGCAAUGAGAACCCACAUACACCCGAAUCCCCAAAGAAUCGACGGGUGUUGGGCAACCCUUCGUCUAGCCCAGCGUCUGCCGCGAUUUUAUCUGGAAGUCCAUAUUACCUAUCCCAGGAUGAUUUAGAACGAACCUACUUCUGCAAGCCUGCUGACGACCAUCAGCUGAAUGAAGUCCCUUUUAUGGACCCUUCUGAAGAUCCAUCAGUAGGCGAUACCCCAGUAGAGUUAGGCUGCAUUCACUACAAAAGAAACGUCAAGGUCCAAUGCUUUACUUGUAAAAAAUGGUACCCUUGUCGGUUCUGCCAUAACGAAGCUGAGCUUCACAUCCUCGAUCGAAAAAAGACGGAAAACAUGCUUUGCAUGCUGUGUUAUUCUCCUCAGCCAGCAGGCCAGUGGUGCAACUCCUGUGGCGCCCAGGCAGCUUUUUUCUAUUGCUCAAUAUGUAAAUUAUGGGACGAUGAUGCAGAGAAAAGUAUAUACCAUUGCAGUGAUUGUGGGAUUUGCCGCCUUGGCCAGGGGCUAGGGAAAGAUUUUUACCACUGUCAGACGUGUUCCGCAUGUAUACCUAUUGCGAUUCAAAAUACCCAUAGAUGCAUUGAACGUUCAACAAAAUGUGACUGUCCAAUAUGCGGAGAGUUUAUGUUUAGCUCCCCAGAUACAGUUAUAUUCAUGCGAUGUGGCCACAGCAUACAUCAAAAAUGCUUUUCUGAGCAUUCCCGCAGUUCAUAUCGUUGCCCCAUCUGUAGCAAGAGCGUUAAAAAUAUGGAGGCUAACUUUAGGAACCUCGACCGCACCAUAAUGAGCCAGCCAAUGCCUCCUGAGCUGAAAGAUACUAUUGCUGUUAUACAUUGCAACGAUUGCCACGCAAAGAGUGUUGUGCCAUACCACUGGUUAGGCUUGAAGUGUGAAGUAUGCGAGUCAUAUAAUACCAUUCAAAGGCAAUUGCUGAAUGGUAGUUACGACACACCGAGGCCUAUCGAGGGAAGACAGAACCCCAUUACUGAUAGUAGUGGAGGGCUGACUGUACCCUUUCCCGGGUCCUCCAACGAUCACCGCACCGGGGCAAGAAAUUCUGUUAUUGAAACACCCGGCCACCACUUUAGUGAGAGUCAUAUUGACGGUCAAGGCACGCAGGCCCGUAGCCUUCCUCAAGCUUCUUUUCUUCAUGAUUCUAGAGCACCACCUAGAUCGCCAGUGGUGACAAACUACUUUGAAUUAAGCCGUAGAGAAGAUAUAGAUAACUCAACUUCGCAAAUCAGGGGGCCUGGGCGAUUAGCCAGAGGAAGCUUUAGCGGUUUCAAUUUCUGGAGUGGUGUAAGCAUCAAGGAGAAACUUGGACUAGCUGGCAGCAGUGAUGCUGGUACUGAACCCGGAAGUGAUGGUAGCUCAGACAACGAGGAAACAGAAGACGAAGAUGAUGAGGACGAGAGUCCUGAUAGCAUAGAUAUUUUUGGUCACCGAUAG